GCUUGUCACGCCGCAGUUUCCAGCAUAGGUCAAAGCAGAAAUGAUCCGAUCAUUAAGUUUACUCAAAUACUCUGUAAACCUCUCACAGAGGGCUCAUAUCAGGCUCUUAUCAUCCAGCAGAGGAAUAAGGAACAGAAUUGUCCCUGCCACAUUCAAUGGAGUUGAUACCAAUGGCAGACAGCAGCAGUGUCACAUCAGACCUGUCAGAGUCUGGAGCUCGAUUUUAACCGGUGCCAAUGUCACCCACCGCACCUACAGCACUCAACAAGCAGAACCUGCAGAAGAGGAGACGCUGCACAACAUCAUCAAUGACACGGAGAGCGUACAAGGAUCCUUUUCCAAACAUGAGUUCCAAGCAGAGACGAAGAAACUGCUGGAUAUUGUGGCCAGGUCACUGUACUCUGAGAAAGAGGUGUUUAUCAGAGAGCUCAUCUCCAAUGGCAGUGAUGCUCUGGAGAAACUGAGGCACAAGAUGAUGACAACAGGUGGAGACGCAGCAACGAUGGAGAUUCACCUGCAGACAGAUGCAGAUAAAGGAACCUUCACCAUCCAGGAUACAGGAAUUGGAAUGAGUCAAGAAGAGCUGGUUGCUAAUCUGGGUACCAUCGCCCGCUCUGGAUCAAAGGCGUUUCUGGAUGCCCUUCAGAAUCAAGCUGAGGCCAGCAGCUCUAUCAUUGGUCAGUUUGGUGUGGGCUUCUACUCCGCUUUUAUGGUGGCAGACAAGGUGGACGUUUAUUCUCGAUCUGCUGAACCAGAUGCUACUGGAUUCAAGUGGUCCUCAGACGGUUCUGGAGUAUUUGAGGUCGCAGAAGCUUCAGGUGUGCGUCAGGGGACCAAGAUUGUGCUCCACCUAAAAGACGACUGUAAGGAGUUCUCAUCCGAGGACCGCGUCAAAGAUGUUGUGACUAAAUACAGCAACUUCGUCAGUUUUCCAAUCUUCCUAAACGGACGAAGGCUGAACACCCUGCAGGCGCUCUGGAUGAUGGAGCCCAAAGACAUCAGCGAGUGGCAACAUGAGGAGUUUUAUCGGUACGUGGCUCAGGCUCAUGAUAAACCUCGAUACACGCUUCACUACCGUGCAGACGCUCCGCUCAACAUCCGCAGUAUCUUCUACGUGCCUGAGAUGAAACCCUCUAUGUUUGAUGUGAGUCGUGAGAUGGGAUCCAGCGUGGCUCUGUACAGCCGGAAGGUUCUGAUCCAAACCAAAGCCACAGAUAUUCUUCCCAAAUGGCUGCGAUUCAUGAGAGGUGUCGUGGACAGUGAAGAUAUUCCCUUAAAUCUCAGUCGAGAGCUGCUGCAGGAAAGCGCCCUGAUCAGGAAACUGCGAGAUGUUUUGCAGCAGCGUAUCAUUCGCUUCCUGUUGGAUCAGAGCAAGAAGGAUCCAGAGAAAUACGCUCGUUUCUUCGAGGACUACGGUCUGUUUAUGCGUGAGGGCAUCGUGACCACGGCGGAGCAGAGCGUGAAGGAGGACAUCGGUAAGCUGCUGCGCUUUGAGUCAUCGGCUCUUCCUGCGGGACAGCAGACCAGUCUGAUGGAAUACGCAUCACGCAUGAAGGCGGGAAGCAGGAAUAUUUAUUAUCUGUGCGCGCCGAACCGACACCUGGCCGAACACUCGCCGUACUUUGAGGCCAUGAAACAAAAAGACAUGGAGGUUCUGUUCUGCUUCGAGCAGUUUGAUGAGCUGACGCUGCUUCACCUCAGAGAGUUUGACAGAAAGAAACUCAUCUCAGCAGAGACAGACAUCGUGGUCGAUCAUUACAAAGAGGAGAAAUUUCAAGACAGCAAACCAGAGUCUGAGAGGUUAACCGAACAGCAGGCUGAUGAUCUGAUGGCCUGGAUGAGGAACUCCCUCGGACAGAAAGUCACCAACAUCAAGGUGACCCCUCGUCUGGACACGCACCCGGCCAUGAUCACAGUGCUGGAGAUGGGCGCCGCGCGUCACUUCCUGCGCACACAACAACUCGCCCGCAGCUCAGAGGAGAGAGCGCAGAUACUACAGCCCACACUGGAGAUAAAUACUGGACACGACCUCAUCAAGAAACUUCAUGAUCUAAAGGACUCCAGCCCUGAUCUCGCACAGAUGCUUCUGGAUCAGAUCUAUGACAAUGCCAUGAUCACCGCUGGACUGAAUGAAGACCCCCGUCCGAUGAUUUCCAGAUUGAAUAAACUUCUCACACAAGCCCUGGAGAAACACUGAAGCCCACACUGCAUUUUACACUGCUGGACUCUGUUUUACCAUCAUUGGAGCUGUGCAUGGCUCUUCAUCACCACAUCACAGCCUAAACUCAAACUAAAGUUAUUUAUAAAGACUCUGAUAUCUGUAGUUUGGGUGGAGUCACAUUUUACAUGCUGACAAGAUGCAGUUUUUGCCAUCUGUGUGUGAUGGAUGGAGAUGAAUACUGAAAGUAACUUGGAAGGAUGUUUUCUUUGAAUAGAAACAAUCAUUUGUAAAAUAGUAAAUUACUUUAAAGGUCAGAUUAUGUCUAUGUUUAUUAGGGUUUAAAUGCAGCUGAUUUACUGGUUUAUUAUCUUACGUUCCACAUGUCCUCAUCAAACAUUUCAUUAACCAUUUUUUGAAGCUUGUAAUUGCAAAUAAAUUUUCGUGUAUCCAGACAAUAUUUAGCUGUAUGUAAUCCCCAGGUACAGGUUUGUGUGUAGUUUCUAACUAUGAAAUUAAAAAUCAAGUGCUCUUGAGACUCUAAACUCACAAAGUCAAGCCAAUGGUAAAAGUGUUUCUUCUGUUUUUGAUACUAAAGGAAAAAAUGAUUACUAGUGCAGCUUUUAUUUUAAACUUUUUUUAAAUUAAGGUGUAUACUUUUAUAAAGAACCUUAAACAUGCACAGAAAAAUCUGUAAUGGAAAAGGAAAAUGUAAGAAAUUUAAUUGAUCCUUUAUUUUUAAGAGGAAUGUUGAAGGUGCUCUGUUUCUAUUACACUUUGCAUUCAUCUUUGCAAAGGCGGUCCUUUUCCAUUUCUUCUUAAUAUACAUAAGAGCUCACAAAAGCUGUUACCAUAAUAAUAAAACUAAUCAAAUCACACAGUAAGGCAUCCCAAGCAAAAAUAAAGUACACUUGAAUUUAGUAAAAAAUAUACCAGCUAGUAGACUUUUAGUACAUGGAUAAUAUUUUUAAAGUUAUACUCUACAAAUAAAUUAAUUACUAGUAUAGUUCAACUUCUGUAGUCCUUUAAAAGCAGAGAUGCCCAAACUUCGGCCCGCAAUAACCUUUAAUUUGGCCUAUCAUCCCAUGCCAUGUGAGAUAAGGAAAAAGGAUAAAUGUCAUUGAUGCAGAUGUUCAUAUUUCUAAUUAAACAUUUUCUAAAAUUUAACUUUUUUAAUUUUAUUUGUACAUUACCAAAAUUGAAACUGAAAUAAAAUGCAAGGAAUUAAAGUGAUUUUUUUGUAUACAUGCAUA